AUGCUGGAUGCUGUGAACAAGGAACGAGUGGCCGUCGGACUACCGAGGCUCUGCAUGAACAAUAAGCUACAAGUGGCUGCCCAGGCCCACUCGAAAGACAUGGCCCUGCGUGACUUCGUCAGUCACACAGGCUCGGACGGGUCUACUUUGUCGACUCGAGUCCAGGAUGCAGGAUAUCGCUGGACUAGUGUCGCCGAGAACAUUGCGGCCGGCCAACUAACGGUGGGCAGGGUCAUGACUUCUUGGAUGAACUCCGCCGGGCACAGAGCCAACAUCUUGAGUGCCAGAAAUACAAUGUUGGGCUGCGAAUACGCUGGCACCUCCAACAGCAGAUACAAGUACUACUGGACGCAAGUCUUUGCAUCAGGCAGUACCGAAGCUUGCGGGUGA